AGCUAACAGUUGAACCUGAGUUGUUUUUGUCCUCCUGUACAGCAGUAAGAUGAGUCCUGUGUGUGACUGCUGCUGUGAGCGCGUUAAAACACUGAACCAGCAGGUUUCUGUGAUGAGAAAAGAAAUCAAGAACCUGAGGCAGAUGUUGGGCAGUGCAGUCAGAUCUCAUCGCAAACACAUGAUGUCCAUCCAGUCUGCUGUGUCAAAGGUUGGACUCUGUGAACCUGAUCCGACGCCUCCACCGCCUUCACCUGCGUCCUCACAGGCGGCUUUAGAGCAAGGAAACAUCCAGACGGUCCCGAUUGGUUACAUCAGUUCCUGUUUCUCUGUGAAGAACGGGACCCCCAGACAGCCCACCAUUUGUGGCCCCUCGAGGGCAGAACUGCGCAUCCGGCCGAGUGUCUUCAAUAACCCUGAGCACGCUCUGGUGGGCCUGGAGCUGUACUCCCACGUCUGGGUCAUCUUUCUGUUUCACAAAAACGGGCACCUGAGUUACAAAGCCAAAGUGAAGCCUCCCAGACUGGACGGUCGGAGGGUGGGUGUGUACUCGACACGCAGUCCGCACCGACCAAAUGCGCUGGGUCUCACUCUAGCCAAACUUGAUAAAAUUGCAGGUGAUACAAUACAUCUGUCAGAUGUUGACAUGAUUGCCGGGACUCCAGUCCUGGACAUCAAACCCUACAUCCCAGAGUACGACUCCCCCCACACCAGGAUUGACUCUGAGCCUCCUGAUCCAAACUCAGAUCAACCACAGGCAACUACUGUGUCACCAAAUGAGACAACAGAUAUUUUAAACCUCCAUAAAGACUCAGAUGUAAUAAGCGAAAGACCCGAUGAUGACGUGUCUGAAACUGAAAUUCCACUCGCAGAUUCAUCCGGAGUCAGUGCUCAGCUUUCCCUCCCCAAAGACCUCCACAGUGUGCUGGAGGACGUCAAACACUAUGUGACCCAAGGUGACCUUUGCCAGUUGAGUUGUGAGAGCAAGGAUCAACUUUCAGACUCUCCCAAAACCAAACUACAGGAGUCAACAGUGGAUCACCCUCACUAUGGAGAGGAGGCUCGCAGCACCAUCGCUGGCUGGAUCAGAGAGCCUCCUGUUGGCAGUCUGGAUGUGCGCUUCACCCCUCAUGCUGAGAGAGAGUUGGCAGAGUUCCUUCCCUCACACCUGCCAGGACCCCCUGAAGGUGACAGACCCAGGUUCAAGUUUCUGCGCAGUCCAGAGGAGGCUGCUGCCGCCAUCAGAGGGGUGCUGUCAGCAGACCCACGGUCAGUCUACAGGAGGACGCGCUGCAGAGACAGACUCUUCUUCUUUACCCUGGACACGGCUGACAUCACCUGCUGGUUUGGACCUGGCUUUGCUGAAGUACUGCAAGUCCGACCUGUUGAGCAGCACAUUGCCUCAGUGUGAGACACUGUGAAAGCUUCGGGGGUGGAAAGACUCAGUUUUAAUGUAUGCAGAGAAACAAAACCAGAACCUGUUAAUUUCUGCAAAUUGGCAUUGUCAGGUAAUUUUUCUACUGACAAAUGUGUGUUUCAGUGUUCAGAAUCACUUUGACUUUCUUAAAUCAGACAGGUAUGUUUAAUUUUGUACGUGCAGAAUAAAUAAACAAUU